AUGAAUUUGAGCGAUCAAAGUCAAAGUGAUUUAGAAGAAUAUAAGGGACUAUUAAAUUAUCAUGUUGAAAACCCAGAUUCACUAGCUGCUUUUAAAUAUUUUAACCCUAAGAUUACUCUUUCAACUUGCAAAUUAUUGAGUAAAAAAAUUUUAAGUAAGGCAGUUUCUGAAUUUAUACCCAAAAUUGAAGUAACUGCGCAAAAAGAUAAAGUAGAGAUUACUAAAGCUCAAGAUGUUAAUGCAGAACAAUCACGUGCUAGCGACAUUAUUUUAAAAAUUGAAGAGUUAUUUAAAAAAUUUAAUCCUGAAUUGGAAAACUUAUUAUGGGUUGAUCUUGAGCUUUUUCGCCAAAAACAAUCACCAUUUAAUGCCAUAACAUCGAGACAAUUUAGUAAUGAUGUAAUUGGAUACUGGAGCCAUUAUGCAUCAUGUGCUAAAGAAUUAGAACAAGUAGUACUACAGAUUUAUGAAAUAUGCGUAGAUGCAGCAUCUGUUGAAUGUCUUUGGUCUUCAAUAGGAUUUAUUUACUCUAAUCGACGUAAUAAAUUACUG